AAAAGUGGAGUGUAAAUUUGAAAAAUGUAAUUUUUCUAACUGUAUUUUUACUCCCAAAGUGCCGGAUACUGGACGAGGUAUACGGCCACUACGGCUGCAUCGGACUCCCACAGACAUCCGGUUUUUUCGUCUAGUUAGCUGAUAAAAAUUACAUCCCAAAAGACAAUAAAGAGUAUGUAAACUGGCAGUAUAUUACUGAAAUUCAUGUAAGCUUAUUUCAUGCAAAUAUAGCCAAUAAUUGUGGCUCUGUAUACUGCUGUUAUUAAUCAGCAGUGUUCAAUGAGGCCGUACGGGAUAGGAUCGACCAAUCAGAAUAUUCGGUGGAUUGGUACGUGGGAUAUGAGCAGCUUGUCAAGCGCAACCUGACUCUGCUCCCCCAUCAGCAAACCGCCCAGCAACCGCAGCCCCAGCAGCAGCAACAGCAGCAGCAGCUGGUUCACCCCCAACAAGCUGACAUCAUGACAUCGAUGUUCGAACAACAAAUUAAAAGCGAGCCAAUGGGAUUUUAUUCGGUUGCCUCAAGCCGUUCAGAUGGUUCAAAUUCAAUGGUCAAUUUGUCGGAUGACCGAGAAGAGCUUUCUCAGCAAGAAGCUCACUUGCAGCCUCAACAGCAACAGACUCUGCAACAAACGCUGCAACAACAUCAACAGCAGCAGCAGCAACAGCAGCAGCAGCAGCAGCAACAACAGCAGCAGCAGCAGCAGCAGCAGCAACAACAGCAGCAAGGUCAGCCGGGACCUCAGGUUCAGCAAGGUCAAGGAGUACCGCAGACAGCUCCGACGCGUCAGUCAACGGGCCAACAAACAGUGAAGGAGGGAUCGCGUUCUAAACCGCAAGCCUGUAAGGUCUGUGGAAAAGUCUUAUCUUCAGCAUCGUCGUACUACGUUCACAUGAAGCUUCAUUCGGGAAAUAAACCUUACCAUUGUACCGUUUGCGAGGCAAGUUUCUGUCGCAAACCGUACUUAGAAGUACACAUGCGAACCCAUACAGGCGAACGGCCGUUUCAAUGCGAAUUGUGCCUAAAACGAUUCACCCAAAAAAGCAGCUUGAAUACCCAUAAACGGGUUCAUACCGGGGAACGACCUUAUGCCUGCGAUAUAUGCCAAAAACGUUUUGCUGUCAAGAGCUACGUUACUGCUCAUCGCUGGAGUCAUGUAGCAGAAAAACCUCUGGUGUGCGAUCGAUGCUCACUUACGUUUACAUCUAAGAGCCAAUUUGCGAUCCAUAUUCGUACUCAUACUGCGAGUACUACGUACGAAUGCAAUAUAUGUGGUCGCACUUUUGUACGUGAUAGUUAUCUUAUUCGGCAUCAGAAUAGAGUACACCGCGAUUUGAAUCAGGGCAGCUCGAACCACAAUCCGACGACUCCCCAAAGUACCGGUGGCGGAGGCUCUACGGCUGGAUUUGAAAGUCCUGUCUGUGAUCUGCGCUACAGCGAAGGUCCAUCGUCUUUGGAUCCGUUGGGGGGAACAAAGGGUGGCAUCGCCGCCGAAAUCGCUAGCCUAACCAAGCAAAAUAGCUUACAGCUACCUCUUCCUCUACUUCACCCGCAGACAACCAACUAGUGUUUAGAUACCAGCGCGUCUCAGCCCUUGCAAUUGCAACAACCUCCACAGCAAGUAGCGUGUUCUGCCUCGGCGUGUACGCCGUUUACACUUAACCCGCCACUGUCGCACGAGCACACCACACCACAGAGUGUCUACCAAACGACGGGACUUGCUACUAUGGAUACGGCGAGCUCUCGCUUCUAUUCCCAUAUUCCUUUAACUCCUUCGGAAUCGCAUCAUCACACGCAUCAUUCGCAUCAGCUCCAUAGACCUAUUCCUCCACCUGGUCUUCAUCCUGCGCUUUAUCUCUAUGCCCAAUAUAGCAAUACCAGUGGUCCUUUGGCAUAUCCUGAGUAUACCCAACCCAGCAAUUGAAAUUGAGUUUAUGCUAGCAUUAUACAAUGCCACCUCGUUAUAUCGCGGGCUUCGGGGCUAUGGAGGAGUAGAACCACAAUAUAAAUAAUUUCCCUACUUCGUGCUGCGCUGUAGCCAUAGGCUGGCCCACUGCUCACUAGCGCACAGUCGCGUAGUAUGGGUUGGGCUGCAUAGUAAUCAAGUAAAUGAAAUAGCGUAAUGCGCACGAGCGGUUGGUAAGGGAAUAAGCUUGGAGGAAUAUUUACCAACCGCGAUAUACCAAGGCGCGAUAUAUCGAGGUGGCAUUGUACUCAAUUCUGAUGUUGUUAGUUGAUGCCAAUCAUGUUCUCAAAAAUAUUAUUCUUGUUUAGAUUUUUUUUAUUGGGCAGCUACGUUGUUUGGAAGAAAUAGAUUUGCAACAGACUAUACAAAACUGACUUCCUAAUUUUUCAAG